AGAAAGCCAAAUCAAUGCGCGGCUCUGGUAUCAGCACCAGACAAAUGAUAACAAUCAUCAAUAAUCCCAAUGAAAUCAUUUGCAGUAAUGAAUCGGCCAUAAUGUUGGACGAUGUGUUAGAUAAACUAUUGACCCAACGUUUCCCGACUAUACCGUCACAAUUAAGCAAGUUUUGUAACCAAGCGUCAAAAAUAUUACAAUACUCGCAGAUAUUUAUUAAAAAAUGUCUCAAAGAUUUUCAACAAAAAACCAUUCAGUUCGUGUUGUUUCCCAUUAGGCGUGAAUUUGCAACGGUCUGUAAGAGUGGCAAACCGGGACCCAAAGCUCGCGAGUUGAUGAAAGCGGCCAACUGUGGGAAUCACGCCCGACCGGGACUCAAAAAAUGCUAUCAAACAUUUAUAACUCAAGAGAUGUCUAUUUUAAAUGCUACACAAAAACAAAAGAUUCCAAUGAUUUGUUGCACAUUUCAUAAACUACGCGAAUGUUUUAUAUCAGAGGCCGAGGAGGUUAAGGAAUGUACGCCUCGAACCAUCACUUAUAUCUCCCGGUGGGCCACAGAAAUAUAUGGAGAGCUUAUGGAUAUCAUGUGUUUUGAAUAUCCUGAUUCAAGUGAUCGUUGCAUUAAAGUGAUCGACGGGUUGCCAGACAUUGAUUUAUCGGGUAUUAUAAAACCGAAAUCAUUUUUGUCGCCACUUUUGAAAAUUUUUGGUGAUUUUGAUAAAGAAGACGCACCUAUUGGUCGUUAA